UGGGUAUUUUUUUUAUGGUCAGACCGUAUACGAUAAAUCCGGCACUGUCAUCGUAAACAAAAUUUGUAUUUUUAUAUUUGCGUAAAAUGGAUGAACUUUGCUCAAAACCGAAACCGGCACAAGUUCCUCGAGAGGAAGUCAAACAAACAGGAUUCGAGAAACAGUUUUCAGUGCCUGUGAAUGGCGUACCCACGGAAAUCGUCUACCAUCGCUUCGGGCGCAAGCGGCUGCUGGUCAUCACGCAGCUGGGCAAGAUUGCCGGCACCUACAAUGUGAGCUUCGACAUUAGCAACAAUCCCACAAUGCUCAAGCCGGUGCACAGUCCAGAGUUCCACGUUUCGGUGCCAAUAACCAUCCACUGCUGUCUGGGAGCCAACACGGCCGAAAUCGACUGUGCCAUACAGUUCCUGGUGAACAACACCAAGCUCUGGGAAUCGCCAACGGAUUUCGUCAUUUGCCUGGGCCUGAAGGACAUCGAUGGCGACAGUCUGCGCGCCCUGGCCAAGGUGCUGAACGAGAUUGUCCUUUAGUAUUGUACAUACAAACAUUAUUAUAACCCAAUAAACGUCAUAGACCA